UCUUCUGCAUAGAGCAUUCAAAACAUUGAGACAUGGGCUUGCUCUUAGCUUCUUAACUUUCAAUUCAUUCACAAAGCCCAGCAUGUCGAAUACAGUUUCUGCUACGUCUUCGGAAUUGUGGGGUGCUAGCGAUGGGAAAGACAAACUUUCUAGAGCAACUCUCACUGCUUUACUGUCCACAGUUGCAGUGCUCUGGUUCCUAUGGAAAGCCAAGAAAUCAAGAAAUGCAAGGCCACCAUUGCCACCAGGUCCCCGAGGCUUGCCACUGGUGGGGUACCUGCCCUUCCUAAGGGCAAACCUUCAUAGGCAAUUUGAGGAACUGGCCGAAAUAUAUGGUCCUAUCUACAAGGUAUGGCUUGGAAAAAAAUUGUGUGUGGUGGUGAAUUCACCAUUGUUAGUGAAAGAAGUGGUUCGUGACCAAGACGCAAUAUUUGCAAAUCGUGACCCUCCCAUAGUUGUUCUGGCUUCCUCAUUUAGGGGAGCUGAUAUUGCCUAUUUACCGUAUGGUCCUGACUGGAAGAAGUUGCGCAAGAUAUUUAUUCAAGAGAUGUUGAGUAACACCAAUCUUGAUCGUUCUUAUGCUCUCCGCAGAGAAGAAGUUAGGAAAUCUAUAAAAAAUGUAUAUGAAAAGAUUGGCACCCCCAUAGAUUUUGGGGAACUGACGUUUCUGACGGUGAUUAGCGCCAUCAUGAGCAUGUUGUGGGGUGGGACGAAGGGAGGAGUGGAAGGUGUGCAUUUUGGGGCUGAGUUGAAGACUUUAUUGGCCGACCUGGUCGUGGUAUUUGGAGCACCAAAUGUUUCAGACUUCUUCCCAGUGCUUGCAAGGUUUGAUUUACAAGGGUAUGAAAAGCGAGCAAAGAGCAUUUUCGAAUGGAUUGAGCGCAUUUUUGAUUCUGUCAUUGAAAGAAGGAGAAAUUUGGUUGGGGCCAAAGAAGAAGGGUCAGGGUCACGAAUGAAUGAACAGAGGAAGGACUUUUUGCAGAUUCUCUUGGAGCUUACAGAGCGUGAUGAUGCUGCAACAUCACUUAGCAUCACCCAAGUCAAGGCCGUGCUUAUGGACGCAAUGUUGGCAGCAUCAGACACCACAAUAACAAUGGUGGAAUGGGUGAUGGCAGAGCUAAUGGAACAUCCAGAGGUAAUGGAAAAAGUAUUAGAAGAACUAACAGAAGUUGUUGGGUUGGACAACUUAGUCGAAGAGACUCAUUUGCCCAAGUUACGCUAUUUAGAUGCUGUCAUCAAAGAGACUUUCCGUUUGCACACACCUCUUCCUUUCAUAGUACCUCGUUGUCCAAGCCAAUCUAGCACUAUUGGUGGGUACUGCAUACCCAAAGAUACUCGGGUUAUGAUAAAUGUUUGGGCUAUACACAGGGACCCAAAGAUAUGGGACAGUCCAUUGGAAUUUCAACCUGAGAGGUUCCUAAAUAGCAAGUGGGAUUAUUCAGGCAACAACUUCCACUAUCUUCCGUUUGGAUCAGGGAGAAGAAUAUGUGCAGGGAUUCCACUGGCUGAGAGGAUGCUCGUAUACAUCAUGGCUUCGUUUUUACAUGCUUACGAGUGGAAAUUGCCACAGGAUACAGAGCAAGAUUUGUCAGACAUAUUCGGUCUUGUUGCUAAGAAACUGAACCCAACGAUUGCAAUUCCAACGCCAAGGUUAUCCAGAUUGGAGCUCUACACUAAAAACAUAUGAGAAGUAGUAGAGUUGCAUUUCUUUUGUCUUUACCAGUGGGUUAGUACUACAUGUAACAUCUGUGUACAUGAACGUAAGACCUUUUUCAUUUCUGCAUGAACAUAAAAGUUAGCCUUUCCAACCUGAUGAACAAAUCAUAGAAUCAUCUUCACACACACACACAUAUAUAUAUGUAUGUAUGUAUGUAUGUAUGUAUGUAUAUAUUUCCUUUAUAUGUGAGGGAGGCACAUGUACAACACCCAAUUGGACUUAGAAGAAAGGGCAGUACUGCUAUCUCUAACUCCAAGUUUGAAACUUGGACUGGCCCUUGUAGCAGUUUGAUGCUGUGUACUGUGGUUCUCAUAUAACAAAUAAAGUUAUUUUUUGGUGAA